AUGUUGUUGAAUUUUGGCCUUCCAAAUGCCUGGUUUGUUGUGACACUGCCGAUCAUCAUUCUCUUAGGUUGGAUCAUUUACACAGUUACAUUACAUCCUCUGAGUAGGGUCCCGGGACCCUUUCUGGCCAGGAUCUCGCGCCUCUGGUAUCUGCGCAAGAUUUGGACGGAAGACGUUGAGAAGUAUGAGAGGGCUCUGCAUGCUAAACACGGGCCCUUGAUACGGAUUGCACCGAAUGAGGUGUCGUGUUCUGAUCCCGAAGCCUUCGCAAGAAUUUACCGUUUUUCCAACGCGUUGGACAAGUCGGGUUUCUACGAGCCGUACAACACGACCGGAUUCAGUGUUCAUGGUGACAUAUUCUCCUGCAAGGAUGACAAAAAGCACGGGCGGAGACGUAGAAUCGUCAGCAGUAUCUACUCGAUGACGAAUGUUGCAAAGUCUGAAGAAUAUGUCGACUCGUGUAGCAAUCUCCUCGUGGAUCGGCUAGGACAGUUUGCUAAGUCAGGAAAACCUUGUGAUCUCGGUGAAUGGUUGCAUUGGUAUACUUUUGACAUUAUUGGCGAAUUGUUCUAUGGCAGAGCCUUCGGCUUUCUAGAUGAAGGAAAGGACCAGAAUGAUUGGAUCAAGUCGCUAGACAAGAUGAUACCAUUCGUGUGCUUGAUGGGCGUUGCACCUCCAAUCUUAAGGCCGCUGAUUGGUAUGGGUACCAUGCUUACAGCUGCUGGCCAGGAUAUCAGGAAUGGCGUAAAAAACAUAGGCUCCUCUUCCGCACGCUUGAUGAAAGAAGCUUACGCAACCCGUCAUGAAGUGAAUAGAACGGACAUGGCCCAACAGGUUUUCGACAUCUAUGAAAAGAAUGGCGAAAAGAUGGACUUCACGUGGGGCGACGUCGAACAGGAAUCCUACGGCGCACUCUUUGCAGGCAGCGAUACAACUGCUAUCGCAUUCCGAUCGCUCUUCUAUCAUUUGAUGCAUAGCCCAAACGUCUAUGCUCGUCUCGAGAAAGAGAUUGACGAGGCUUUCCAAGAAGGUCGUAUGGAUCUGCCGCCGACCUAUAAGCAGGCAAGCCAGCUUCCUUAUCUGUGUGCAUGUAUCAAGGAGGCGCUCAGGAUUCAUCCCGGAGCACAGCUCUCCCUACCACGAACCGUUCCACGCGGGGGCAUGGAGCUCUGCGGACAAUUCAUACCCGGAGGCUAUACUGUUGGAAUCAACGCAGCAGUCAUGCAUUUUGAUAGGCGAGUCUUCGGCCAAGAUGCUGAUAUCUUCAAUCCUGACCGCUGGAUGGAUCCAGUGCGCGCGAACCAGAUGGACAAGUACAUGAUGUCAUUUGGAGGUGGAACGAGAACCUGCAUAGGGAAGAAUAUCGCACUGAUCGAAUUGCAUAAGUUGUCGCCGCAAUUGGUAUGGAACUAUCACUUCGAGUUCUACGAUGCGGGACAGACGCAAUGGCAUACAAGAAACACCUUUUUUGCCAGACAGGAGGUAAUCAUGGUGUUGGCUCUUACCAGCGCAACAGGCAAGCUGGGCGGUGCUGUGCUGAACGCCAUCCUGGAUAACAAGCUCAUUGGUCCCAAGGAGCUUGUAGUAUGCACGUCUAGUGACCCCAACUCGGACCGCUUCAGCUCCCUGCGCAGCCAAUCCAUCACCCUCCGCCAGGCCGACUUCGAUAAGCCAGAAUCUUUGACGCGCGCCUACGAUGGCUGCACAUCUCUCUUCCUCGUUUCUACUCCACGCAUAGCUAUGGACUACAACAAUGCGCCGCUUUGGAAAGGACGAGAGGCGCACCACCGUGCUGCCAUUGACGCUGCUAUCCAAGUCGGCAUACAGCAUAUAUACUAUACAUCCCUUGGUUUUGCUAACCCCUCGAAAGCGAGUGUCAUGCGCGCGCACAUCCGGACAGAGGAGUAUCUACACGGGUUGGAGAAAGAGGGAAAGUGCAAGGUCACUAUCAUCAGAGAGGGGCUCUAUAAUGAGAGUUGGCCGUUGUAUUUUGGGUAUUAUUUUGGGCUGAAAGAAGAAACAAGGAAAGAGGUGGUUGUUGCGGGUGAUGGAAAAAUUAGCUGGACCAGCAUUCCUGAUAUGGGAUUCGGUACCGCGAAGAUACUCGCAGCGCCGAGUGAGCAGUGGGCGGGCAAGACAUUUUAUCUCUCCCAGAAGAAGAGCUGGUCGCUGAAGGAUAUCGCAGAUAUUGUUAGCAGGGUGAGAGGUGACGAGAUCAAGCUCAAGAUCGUGGACAAGAAAGAGUAUGAGGACUUUUAUGUUAACAGUAAAGGUAUGGAAAGACCCAGUGUGGAGUGGUGGUCAAGCUCAUAUGAUGCGUUGAAAGACGGAGAAUGUGAGAUUGACGAUCCAACAUUGGAGAACCUGCUCAAGGAGGCUGGGAGGACACCUAAGCCGUUGGAAGAGACGAUCGAGGAGAUGCUGCGAUAG